GCUAGCGGGCGUACCUUUACCGUUUCAAACAAUUGCCCGUUCACGAUCUGUAUCCAGAUAUUCACUGACCUUAGUGCCAGCAGCACAGGCGUCACACCGGAUUAUGUUACGGGAUGGGAGGCGGCUCCGGGCACAUUCGUUAGCUUCUACGUCCCAGACAACUGGCAAGCUGGACAUAUUUGGGCUCGCCGCGACUGCGAUUUCAAUGAUCCCAAUCCUGCAACCCAGUGCGCUGAUGGGGGAUGUAAUGGAGGUCUCGAGUGCGACCCACAUACGGGGACCGCCAUUCCACCUGUGACUGUGGCCGAUUUCACGCUUCAUGGCGAAGAUCUCGUCGACUAUGUCGAUGUUUCCCUCGUCAACGGGUUCAACUUGCCUAUGCGCGUUGGUAACGAUCAAGGAUGCGGAAUCCCUAGCUGCCCGGUUGAUCUUAACCCCGACUGUAAGCUCUUUGCCUGUCCUGCUCCGUUGCAGGGCCCGUACAACUCAACCGGACUCCCAGUCGGCUGCAAGAACGCCUGUGAGGCCAACAUUGACGGCGAUCCUGCGAACUCGCCGAACUGCUGCACUGGCCAGUAUAGCACUGCGGCGACAUGUCCGGCGUCCGGUGUUGCAUAUUAUUCGUACUUUAAGGGCAAUUGCCCUGAUGCGUAUGUCUUUCCCUACGACGAAAGCAGCGGAACCGCUGUGUGGGUUUGCACUCCGUCCAUCGCCGCUAACUACCAGGUUGCAUUCUGCCCCUCCGCCGAUCAGUAA